AUGGGCAAUAUUCGGGUCUUUGUACGAGUUCGACCCCCUUUACCCGAAGAGGUGGAAAACGAGCGCUACGUUUUCUCGCCAAAACAUGGUCAGGAUGAUGUUUGGGAGGCGACCGAGCCACUUAUUCAGAGUGCGGUGGAUGGAUACAACGUCACUAUCUUCGCUUACGGUCAGACAGGAUCUGGGAAAACUUAUACUAUGCUUGGUCAUCCUGGUAGUGAAGGUAUAAUCAGCCGAUCGGUGCGAAAGCUUUUUGAUACAAAACGGGAAAUGGAAUCCUUAUCUAGAAGCGCGACGACGGUGGAAAUGUCAGUUGAGCUUCUUGAGGUUUACAAUGAACAGGUUCGUGAUCUACUUGCGCCGAACGCCGGUCUCAAUGGUCGCGAGAUUUCCUUGAAGGUAACGUCGCAGGAAGUGGUCGGCAACCUUUGUGUGUCAGCAUCUACUGAAGACGAAGUAAUGAAAGUCCUUGCAUUAGCGCAAAGCCGUCGAUGUGUCAAAGCUACCUCCUCCAAUUCACAGAGUUCUCGAAGCCACAUGCUAUUUACAAUUCAUUUUGCUGUAACCACGAAGAAUGGCAUCCAACGGAAGGGUAAGCUCAACGUUUGCGACUUGGCAGGGAGUGAAAGGCUAGACAAGAGUGGUGCAAACACGGUUGGCGGGGCCUUGCUUCUUGAAACACAGAACAUCAACAAAUCUUUGAGUACACUGUCAAAUGUCAUUGAGCGCCUUCAAUCUGGUAGCGGAAAUGUCCCUUUUCGCGAAUCAAAACUUACCUUUUUGCUUCAGAAUAGUCUCGGGGGAAACUCGAAGACAUUGGCAAUUGUUUGCUGCAAUCCUUUGCCGUCUCAUUUCCACGAAAGCGUAUGCAGUUUGCGCUUUGCGGAAAAGGUCAACAAAGUUGAUCUCAAAAAGGCAGUAGCGAACUUUAGUUGUUAG